AUGCUAACACAGCAAACUCAUAACACCGUGGAGCUGAACAAAGGCAUUGUCCGAGUCACUUUUUCAAAUCCCAGAGGAGAUGUCAUUGGAAUUGAAUACAAGGGAAUAGACAACUUGCUCGAAAUCAAAAACCUCCCAAGCAAUAGAGGUUAUUGGGAUCUUGUAUGGAAAAAUGGCUUGGACAGACUACAAGGAACAACAUUUAAGAUUGUUACAUUGACGGCAGACCAAAUAGAGAUUUCUUUUAAUAAAACUUAUGAUGAUUCCCUCGGUGAUUGGACGCUACCCUUAAAUACGACAUACAAAGAUUCAUGCCAACAGCCGAAGAUCGCGACAGAGACCACGUUCAGACCCUUGCCUUUAACUAAUCCAAGAAAUCCCGAGCUUAAUGGAGAGGUGGAUGACAAAUACCAAUACUCCAGCAACGUCAAAGACAUUAAGGUUCACGGUUGGAUUAGCACUGACGAUGCUAUAGGGCUUUGGAUGAUCACACCUAGUACUGAGUUUCGUUCAGCGGGGCCGUUCAAGCAGGAACUUACCUCUCAUGUCGGACCAACUACCCUUACUGUGUUUCUUAGUAGUCACUACCUCGGGAAAGAUGUUGGAUUGACCUUUGCAGAAGGUGAGGCAUGGAAGAAGGUUUUCGGGCCCCUUUUUGUGUAUCUUAACUCAGAUGUUCGAAGCUCGAAUGCGUCCUUCUCUCUGUGGGAAAAUGCAAAAGAACAGAUGUAUGAAGAAGUAAAGAGUUGGCUAUACAAUUUCACUCAGUCUGAAGACUUUCCUAGUUCCGACGGACGUGGCUCAGUUUCUGGUCAAUUACUAAUACGGGAUUCGCACAUCAACGAGAGCCUAGUCUCAGCAAGUUAUGCUUAUGUGGGAUUGGCUGCACGCGGAUACGCGGGAUCAUGGCAAACGGAAGAAUUGGGGUUACUCGGAAAAUUCAUUCAAAUCUUUGAUUUCAUGAAGGAUUGGGGUUACUCGGAAGAAUUGGGCAAAGUGAGGCAAUGGAGGAGAUGGGGGAUCCUAUCAUCGGUCGCACUACUUGGUUUGCUCUUCUUCUUCCCUACUAAUAAUGGUGCUUCCAAGACUACGACGAUUUCUGGAAGGCGAGCACAGAGCAGCGUUAUUAGUAAUGAGCUCAACUUCAACAAGAUGUUAAUCCAUCAAACCCAGAACACGGUGGAGCUGAACAAUGGCAUUGUCCGAGUCAAAUUUUCAAAUCCCGGAGGAGACAUCAUUGGAAUUCAAUACAAGGGAAUUGACAACGUGCUCGAAACCAAAAACCACCCAAGCAAUAGAGGUUACUGGGAUCUUGUAUGGGAAAAUGGCUUGGACAGACUACAAGGAACAACAUUUAAGAUUGUUACAUCGACGGCAGACCAAAUAGAGAUUUCUUUUAACAAAACUUAUGAUGUUUCCCUCGGUGAUCGUCCCCUACCCUUAAAUGUUGACAAAAGGUACAUAAUGCAGCGUGGUCGCGCUGGGUUCUACGCGUAUGCCAUAUACGAGCGUCUACAAGGGUGGCCGGCAUUGCGCAUAGAUCAAACAAGACUUGCUUUGAAACUUCGACAAGAUAAAUUUCAGUUCAUGGCUGUAUCAGACGACAGACAGAGAUUCAUGCCAACAACCGAAGAUCGCAGCGGAGACCACGCUCAGACCCUUGCCUAUCGUGAAGCUGUUCUUUUAACUAAUCCAAGCAAUCCUGAGUUUAAAGAAGAGGUGGAUGACAAAUACCAAUACUCCAGUGACGUCAAAGACAUUAAGGUUCAUGGUUGGAUCAGCACUGACGAUGCUAUAGGGCUUUGGAUGAUCACACCAGGUACCGAGUUUCGUUCAGCGGGGCCGUUCAAGCAGGAACUUACCUCUCAUGUCGGCCCAACUGCCCUCACUGUGUUUCUUAGUGGUCACUACGUCGGGAAAGAUGUUGGGUUGACCUUUGCAGAUGGCGAGGCAUGGAAGAAGGUUUUUGGGCCCGUCUUUGUGUAUCUUAACUCAGACGUUCCAAGCUCCAAUGCGGCCUCCUCUCUCUGGGAAAAUGCAAAAGAAGAGAUGUAUGAAGAAGUAAAGAGUUGGCCAUACAAUUUCACCCAGUCCGAAGACUAUCCUAGCUCCGGUGAACGAGGAUCAGUUGCUGGUCUGUUACUAAUACGGGAUUCAUACAUCAACGAGAGCCUAGUUUCAGCAAGUUAUGCUUAUGUGGGAUUGGCCGCAAGCGGAGACGCGGGAUCAUGGCAAACGGAAUGCAAGGGUUAUCAGUUCUGGACUCAAGCUGACAAUCAAGGUUAUUUCUACAUGAAGGAUGUUCGACCGGGGAACUAUAGCUUGUAUGCAACUGUUCCCGGCUUCAUUGGGGACUACAAGUACGAGUAUGAUAUUACAAUUGAACCAGCAAGUGAAAUUAAGUUAACUAAUCUUACCUUUGAACCUCCGAGAAAUGGUCCAACCUUGUGGGAGAUCGGCAUCCCGGAUCGGUCAGCCGUAGAGUUCAACAUACCGGAUCCAUAUCCAAGCCUUGUGAACCGUUUGUUUACCAACAAUUCCGCAAACAAGUUUAGGCAAUAUGGCUUGUGGGAACGAUACGAAGAUUACUACCCUGACCAUGAUCUCAUCUACACCAUCGGUACCAACAAUUACAGUGAUGAUUGGUUUUAUGCUCAUGUGACAAGGAACAUAAAUGGUACAUAUGAGGCAACAACGUGGCAAAUUGUAUUUCAACUUGAAAACGUUUGGAGCACCGGAAAUUAUACGCUCCAAUUGGCGCUGGCCUCGGCCACCUAUGCCGAACUGCAAGUUCGAUUCAACAACCAGAACGACACACCUCAUUUUUCGACAGGGCUAAUAGGGAGGGACAAUGCCAUAGCAAGGCAUGGAAUUCAUGGUUUGUACUGGCUCUUCAGUGUUGAUGUGCCGAGCUAUCGACUACAAGAAGGAUACAACACCAUCUAUCUUACACAAUCAAGAACCUGGGGACCUUUUGCAGGGCUUAUGUACGACUACAUCCGACUAGAAGGACCUCCUCCAAAGUGAUUGUAUUUUAUGUAUUAAGAGUUUUACCGAGCCC